AGAGCAGACGAGACACACAGGUAGAAAUUCACGGUCUGCUGACUAUGCCCAGAUUAAGAUGAAGUAUCGCACAAUCCGGGACUGCCGCCCCCUGACGCCUAUCGAGGAGGGGGAGGGGGGCGAGGAAGGUGAAGGGGAACAUCCCCUCAGUGGGGGCCAAGGCUCAUGUGAAGGCUCUGACCGGGGAUCCGUCUCUCUAUCUCUGACCCCCUGCGACUCUGCGAUGACCCCCUGGGGCGAGCUGAUGAGGGAUGGUACCCCACCCAUCGAGAACUCUGUGUCCCUCAAACACACUCUCAACCGGAUGAUAGAUACAGCUACUAUAAAGGUUGUCGGGUUUGAAGAGAAUUUCGGGGGUCGACUGAGCGAGGAGGCACGGUCCCUGAUGUGGAGCCUGUGCGAGGUGUACGGCAAGGCUCGGAUGGCCAUCGACCUGGUUGAGAAGGAACUUCUCAACAGCAAACAAGAAAUAGAAAUCGCUCGACAAGAAUUUGAAGAAAUGGCCUCAGCCGAAAGUGAUCUUCUACAGUGUGUCUGUAAAGCAAGAAGUCUAAGAGAAAUGGCAGUCAAAGACGUUGCAAGAUGGCGACGAGAAUACAGACGAGCACUGGACAACAACGCCGUCCUGAAGCUGAAGAUGAUUCGGUACCAGCUGCACCACGAUAUGAUAGAGAGCUCCUCUGUUGAAGUCUCCCACCAGAACCACAGCAUCAAAGCCUUUAUUAACAUCUGUCGGGAAAAGGAGAAGCAGUUCCAACGAUCCUCCAAGAAUGGGCGACAUGUGCUAAGGACGAUCAGCCUUGACAGCCCUGUGAACAGCAGGAACUGCUGCACCCCAGAAGGCACUGUCCCAAGGUGAAUCUGAGUCUCCCGAGACCGGGGCAGUCCACACUCCAUGGUAUCCCCUUGGGCCACAGGAGAAAGACCACUACCCAGGAGAAGAGGACCGUAGGCAAAAUUGCCUCCAUAUUGUCUUGGAAUUCAAGCCAGGGUUCACAAGACGAAGAGGUAUCACCAACAGCUAGCACCACCCACCUACCCCACUUCACUGGCAGCACAGCAGUCACACCGGACAUUACCCUCCACCUUGCCGGGAACCCACCCAUCAACUCACCCGAGUCUUCAGGAGACCGACCUUCAGACUCCUUCCGGCUGACCUCAGUAACCCAAGACCGAGGCAAAGAGUCUGGAGCUCGUCAUAAAAGGAGGAGAUUUGAAACAGAUGUCCUCAAUGGUCAAAGACCUGGUGCACCAAGCAUACACAGAACAUGUACAGACACAUCCGAUGGUGAAAGGAGGGGUAACAGGACAUUUCAAGCUGAAGUCUCGGCAUCACGAAAAGCUGCAAAUGAACAGUUAGCAGAAAACUCUGUGUUCCAUGAUAAUGUUACUGCCUCAGAAGGUCCCUUCAGUUCUCCUAUCAAGGUGUGUGGACAUACACCGGAUGGAAUGGCUAAGACGGAAUUCAACACCACAUCAUCUAACUGCAGGUACAGUCCAACCCCGGAUGUCUUGACGACAGAGUCUCUAUACGACCCUGCAACAAAAUCCAGGAACCAUUGGCGUCAAGACUACCGUUUCCAUAGUGACCACUAUUCGUAUUGUUCCAAUCGGUGUAUAUCCCCCGUUACUGCCUACAGAAGUCCAAAGCUGAAGAGAACCUCGAGUUGUGUUCAGGCGAGAUCAGUCUUCUGCGAUGCCGCCCACCACGAGUCUUGUAAGGCAGGGAAUAUUGGCCGAUCUAAGAGUUGUGAAAGGGAGACUGUACUUCCGGUCUCGAAUGUGCAAAAUUACCCAUCAUAUUUACCACCGGUACCGUGCCAACUUUACCACCCAAACCACAAUAGUGGAAAAGUUCAUCCACCUCAUGAUACCCGAUCACUUGUCAUCAAAGAUAAGAAGAUCAUGCCCUCACUUCCCAUGCUAGGCAAGUCAUCUACACCAAAACCUACCAUUCAAAGCCAUAUGUCAGAGUUUAUGCGUCCGCAGCAAAGGUCUAUGUCUCGACAGGUGCUCCCCAGAGUGUCAUCUGCCGAAGCUCCUAGCACUGUGUACCACCAGGUCCUACUCAUACGGAGUUGUCCUACUGAGAUCGUUGGGAAGCAAAAUUCAGCCAAUCCACAUUCACCGAAAAUGUAUGACAGCCGAUGCAAGCAGUCGAUAAAUAUAUAAUUACAGAACCACCGGAAGAUAAUAAAGGUCAUUUUAUUAAGAUUUGAUAAUCAUGUAAUAAUGAAUAUUGUACAAUAUUAAAUGUUUCAAAAAUCAUGUCUUUUGUAACUUGUGAAUUGAUAUUGUCUUUGAAAUCCCUGCUGAUAUUUCAAUGCAUUUUCUACACUUUGGAAUAAUCGUAGACUUUGGGAACGCUAUGGAACUGCUUUGUGCAAGAGGGAAACGGACAGCCCAACAAACGAAAGUUACACGCUAUACAGAGU